UACCCAAUGAGCAUUACCUCCCGUCUUGAGCAACAUGGCGCACCAGUAAUUAUGAAGCUUCUCGCCAAUGUUGACUCCUUCGGAACUUUCUGCUAAAGCUUCAGUGUGAUAGUCCAAGACAAUCUAUUAUGUCGACUCUCCGGCAGAGAUCGUACUCCCGGUCUGGGACUUCUUUGUAUGAACUUUUGGGACUUCAGAAGGGGGCAUCAUCAGACGAGAUCAAAAAAGCCUACAGACGGCUGGCUUUGCGGUUCCAUCCAGACAAAAACCCUGGAAACCCUGAUGCUGUAGAAAAGUUUAAAGAAAUCAACCGGGCCAACACAAUCUUGAGUGACAGUUCAAAGAGGCUCAUCUAUGAUAGAUAUGGAUCCCUCGGUAUUUAUGCUGCUGAGCAGUUUGGGGAGGAGAAUGUCAAUGCUUACCUUGUUUUGACUAGCGGUUGGUGCAAGGCACUGGCCAUCUUCUGCUGCAUCAUAACAGGCUGCUACUGCUGUUGCUGCUGCUUCCUCUGCUGCAACUUCUGCUGUGGGAAAUGCAAACCCCAGGCUCCUGAAGAUGAAUGUGACUAUGCUAAUUUACAUACAAGAGUAAGAAACAGACAGAGCAUGGAGGACACCGUUAUCAUCAUUAUAUCUGCACAGCGAAGAAGCCUUGGCUCCAGAUAUCCUGAAGAAGAAGACAGUCCGUCGCCACAGGGAACACCCAUCACAGCACAGCCAUCGUCUGAAAUGCAUCAAGCAGCUCCUAUUCCUAUGCCUGCUCCAGAAGAUGCAGAAUCCUUCGAAGCCGAUGAAAGAACGACUUUAAACACAGACUCCAAGCCGAAGUAUGGGGCUGGUAAAGAAGGGACUUCACCAUCAACAGAUGCUAGCUAGUGAUAAAAGAUCUUGGAUGAGUGGGCUUAUGGCUGUAAUGGGACAAGGGAGAUUACUCUUGAGCUUCUUUAUUACCAUAAAAACUAAACGAUGGGACUUUUCCUUUCUUUGUUACAUUUUUCCAACUACAUUAUUCUUUAUCUCUGCCUUUGUCCCAGAUAUGACAGUAAUGUGACCAAAAAUGAAUGAAAGAAAGACCAAUGCAAUAUGAUGAAAGAUUUACAACACAGCAGUGUGGACACCAUUAUGGAAAACUAUCAAAGGGAAUUUACUGUAGAAAAGAUGGGUUUUUGUUGCUGUAAAGGAAAGGCUGGAUACUAUUUAUGACUUUUUUUUAAGUGAGUGGCGUAAAGGCACCUUAGUUUCCCUCAUCAGAAAUCCUCCAAAACAUGAUUCUAACGUCACUGACACAAAUGCAGUCUGUGUAUAUAUUCUUUUGAAUGCACAAGUUCUCUGGAGCCAAAAUACAAGUGACUAACCUCUUUGGAAAGCAAGACAAAACAGUUGUUGUCCUCUUUUAAACGGCCUUGAUCAGUAUCUGUGUAGAAACACUGUGUGCCACUUUUAUAAUUUUUUGUUCAGAAUCAACAGAUAAAAGUACUAAAAUUUAUUUUGGCAGGUACAAUUAUACUAGACAGAGUAUUAAAAAUAAAUUCUUCUGUCUUCAUACUAAUCAUAGUUUCUCUGAUGUACUCUGCUUCCUCGGGGGACAAGCAUGCUACAGUUACACCUGUCAUAUGAUGAUGAUGACAAAGAAGAUUACUCAAAAGGGUUGGUUCCAUAACGGCUCGAGUACUUUAUUUAAAAGAAAGAAAGAUGACAAAAAAACAGCAUAACGUGAUUCUGCAGUAUCUAAACAACUAAGCACAUACUAUCACUCAAAAAAGCAUCUUUAGCUGCUGCUUAAAUGCUGACAAUAAUGUUGCAUGUCUCCGCUGUAAAGGGAAGGGGGUUCUAGACAGCUAGGUAAAAUGAAGGCAGUGAUGAGACAUUCAGAAGCCGGUGAGACCUCCUGAUGCAGAAACUGCCACAGGUGGCUGAAUUUGUUUUCACCUUUCUUUCCCAUGAUUAUACUCAGGGGCAGGUGUUUGAAAUUAAGCUGUAUGUGUCAUGUGCAUGUUGUACAUGGUAAAAUAGUUGAUUGCACAUGAAGUAUCUCUUGCUUCUGUGGUUUGUGACAAUCAACUGUAUAAACCUCAUCAUACCAACAUUUCUCUGUGAAGAUAUAGGGAAAUGAAUAAACAAAGAAUUUUUUUUUUUUAAAGAGCAAAGAAAACAGCAUUCCUCCGCAUUUAAACUCUAUUAGUUUGUUUUUAUGAAAACAAGUCUAUGUAAGACAGAUCUAUUUUAAAAAAUGUACCUUUUAAUGCAACUUAAAUGAUUGUGGAGUUCCCCGGGUAAUUCGUCCAGAUUAUUUAAAGGUUGUGUACUUUUGCAUAGUGUAUUAGGUUUAAAGGGAUGUCUUUUUAUAGUGCUUAAUUAGCUGUCCAGGGUUCUUUUCCAGACGCCUUUGAAAAGUACCCAGGCCUUUGCUCUAGAAAUAUAAUUAUGCAUCUCGUGAAACCAGAGGUGAAUCAGAUUGUUACAGGCUGUUUUUUCGGUUGUUUAUUUUUUGUAAACCUGCAGUGAAUCCUUACAGAUAUAUUUGAUCUAGCUACUUCAUUCACUUUUGUGAAUCAGUUGGGAAGCCUGUUUAAUAUAACCACAUAUUUUCUGCAUAUAUAUGUUGUCUCAUUGUAUCAAAGAUGUGUUGUAAAAUUAUUUUGCGUUGAACUCUAUUGCACGGAACUUUCCAGAGAAGAUUUUUGGUUUUUUUAAAUUUUUGAGUUGGGGGCUAGAAGGAAACAAGAUUAUUUUAAAGUAUUCCAAUAAAUUCCAGCAAAUUAUAAGCAUUAACUCCCCUGAGGCAGUUUAAUGUAAACAUGAACUAUUAAGUGUCCUACCCAUGUGAUUGUAAAGUUUUCAUGUGUUCUUCUACUCCCAUGACAAGAUACUGGGGUAGUGCUGGCAGUGUUCAUUGGUAAAGGAAGAAAGCUUGCUACAUUAAAACAAAAGUGUGAUUGUAUAUCUUUCAUCUCAAAUUGGAUGGAAGGAGUAUGUCUAUUCAUUCAGCUGGGUUUGUUUUCUGGCAAGACCAUUAGCAGAUAUUUUGUUAAUGACUCAUCUUGGCAAUGUUUGAGCAUGACCUACAGGCAACAUGCCUAAGCUUAUCUUUAUUAAAAUUAGGUAUGUGGAAGGUAGUUUUAAGGCUUGUGUACAGUACUUCCAAAACCCUUAUUGUAGGGUUUUGGUUUUCAUUAAUCCAUGAUUUGCUAAUCAGAAUUUUUUUUAUGUAGAAAGAUGUUUAGACAUCAGCUUGUCUCUUUCAGGUGGUGAACAAAGUAUAGAACUUUCACAAAGCACUUUUGUAGGUUACAAGUGAUGCGUUUGCAUCAAGGACCAUUUCAUGUGAUAAUUGCAUUUCAUUUGUGCUGACAAGGCUGCAUGUGCAGUGAUUGUCUAUUUCUUUGCUGAUGCCAGUUCGUGAUAAGACUGCCUUUAAUUUGGAAUCCUAUACCUUCUCCCAUGUCCUUGUGCUGUUGGUUGUUAGGAUCUUUAUGACAUAGUGUGCAUGCUAAAACUGUUCUCAUCUGCCCAGUAAAGUGUUUUGUGAACGUCCUUCAAGGUAUUAUUUUUUUGUUUGUGAAGUACUUAGCUGUUAUCAUUCAACUUUAGCGUAUAAAUUUAAGCAGAGAUGAAAGAUAUUGUGCAUAUUGCUUUCAUUAUGCCUGCCUUAUGAUUCCUCUGCUUUUCAGCAUCCAAAUGUUAUGGCCUUUUUCCUUUCUAUGAAUUUUUAGGCAUAGGAGCUAAAUCAUUUUUACUCACACUGAAUUAACACAUGUUGCGUAGACUUAACCCUUGGGCAUAAAUUGAUAUAUGAAAGGGUUUUCAAAAUGUGCAAGUGAUGCAAUUUCAAUCAGGAAUGCAUUGAGUGGGUUUUCCACUAUAAAUAAAUCGGUCUAUACUAAA